AUGGCGACCUUCCACAGCCUGCCGCCAGAACUUCUACUUCCAAUACUCACUCCGUUACCUGAGAGUAGCCUCGUACUCUGUGCAUCUGUGAAUCGUAAUUGGAAUGCGUUCGCGACUCCGCUUUUGUAUAGACGCGUCGCCGUCUACAGCUGGCAUUGUAAUGCAAAGACCCGGGCUGCAUCACUUAUGCGAACUCUUGCCGAGCGAUCAGAAGUUGCUAGAUGGGUGAAGCAUAUUGAUGUACGGGACUUCUAUCGGGACUUCGAGUUCCAUUUAGCGCAAGAGGAGGACCGAGAUGCUGUAUUUGAACACUGCGAGCAGGGACUUGCGAACUGUGUGAACCUCGAGUCUUGUAUUUGGCCCCGCCAUCGGACCUUAACGACCCAAAUGCUCGUCGUUCUCGCCAGCUUGCCUCGACUUCAAAGGCUUGAGAUCAACGCACAUUCAGGCACUUACGAGCCCGCGGAUCUCAUUCGUGUGCGACAGAUUCGAGCACUCGGGCUGACGAUGCCAGACAAGGCUGCCGUCGAUGUGCUGUUACGGUGGUUUAUGGCGAUAUGUGUAGAGCGUGUGGAGGAGGAACAAGAAACAGAGAUUGGUUUGCGUGAACUCAAGAUCAUUUGCCAGUCGACAAAUUAUGUCGGAUGCAAGCAGCUGACCACCCUUGCACCGUAUCUCACGCAACUCGAGUCUUUUCAUCUUCUCGGCUGUCCAAAAGCCGAUCACAUCGGUGUUGACACUGUUAUACGUGGAUGCUCUUCUAGAUUGGAAGAUCUCAGCCUGGAGAGCAUUAGCCCCAAUUUCGACUUGAAGGAGCUGGCAACGGGACUCGCACUACCAAGGCUCAAGUCACUUACGCUCACGCUACCUGCACCACCUUCACCGCACCUGAAGUUCCUCGAUGCGAUACUGGAAUUGACCGCCGAUUCUCCGCUCGUAGCUCUCACCCUCUCGCUACCCGCAACGCUCUCACCACUGUCAACGUCCUUAGUACUAUACAGCCCCACUGCCGCAGCCCAAAACACCGCUCCUAAGGCUCCCAGUUAUCCCGAGUUCAGCUCGUCAUUCGCUCGCAGCCUUGCGACCAAACAUGCACAAACGCUUAGGAAGGUCGCGAUCGCCCGGUUACCAACACCGCUAGGAGCUGUAGAGAUCCUUGCCACUUAUUGUCCGAAGCUCGAGGUGCUCAUCGUACCGGUGCACGAGUUCGAUUGGCCGCGUCUAGGAGAAGCGAUAUCCGCAGCAUCACUUCCCUUCCUGCGCACUCUGCACCUGUCCUAUCCCACCUCUCCCCGAAUUCGCGCAUUUACGAAACACGAGCUCAUGCCCCUUUCGGGACUCAGAGAGCUGGCGGAAACCUGUUCCUGCACGCUGGAACAGAUCGGCCAACUGAGCAAGGUUUAUGAGGUUGUGCGUCGGUGGGACCGCGAGACUGAUACCACGCCAGUGGUGCUGGAACGGUGGACUGGACCGAUCUUCCCUGAAGCAUUCCAGGUGAUUCGAGCUUGAAACAAAGUAUUUGAACAGGUC